GAGUCAGCUGAUUCCUGCCAAGGAAUCAACAAACGACGGGCCCUAAUUAAAACCAAUAAAGCAUUUAAUUUCUGAUUAUGUAUUAUAGGAAUCAAUUUUAGAUUUAAGAAAAAUGAAUUUACAUCAAAUUGUUAGUGGAGCUUGCAAUGCAGGCGAUAAAUGCUUUGCUGUAGGAAGUGUCGAGGGUGUCCCAUUUACAGCAUAUGCAGCGGGAUGUAACAUCGUCUUAUUGGCCCCUACAUUUGAAAGGGUGCAAAUCAUUCCUGGAGCUGUUCAUGACUAUAUUCGCAUAACAGCUAUUGAUUGUUCUAGUGAUACAGGCAAAAUUGCUGCUGCUUAUGAUAAUACUGUCUGUAUCUAUGAGCCAACGCCUCUAAUAUCCAAUAAUUCUUCCCAUGGUCUGGAUUAUCGAUGGGUUCAAACUGGAACUUUUAAAACCGAAUCAACUAUCAAAACUCUUAGUUGGAACCUUGAAGGUACAAGGUUGCUGACUGCUGGUGAACAUGUGCAAUUAUGGCAUCUCAAAACAUUUGCAUCCGAAGUUAAAGAUGAUACUCAUAAUGAAGGUGUUACUUUUACCCUUGGGGGGGAGGCAAAUGAAACAUUGGAUGGAGGUGAUGCUGAAGACUCAGAUAAAACUCCUUCAGAAGUGUCAGAGGCAGUAAGGACCAAAACAAAGACUCCAAAACCUGAACAAUCAUGGCAUUGCGUUUGGACAGCUACCACAGCUAUACCUGUGCAACAUUUGGCAUUCAGUCCUGAUGGCACAUUAUUUGCAACUUGUGGAGAAGAUGACAGACUUGUGAAGAUUUGGUAUGAGAAUAAACAAUUUUUAUUCACUUCAAAAUCAUCUGAAGAGGCAAGAGAAUUAGAAUACACUUUUGUUUACAUUGCUCAUCCCCGAGCAGUAACGCAUUUGUCUUGGAGAACCACCAGCAAAUACAUGCCAAAAGGUUCAGUUUCUAAUAUGUUGGUCACGUCAUGCAAAGACAAUAUCUGCAGAUUGUGGGUGGAAACAGUGCUACCAGAAGAUGGUUUGGUCAAUUUGUCACAGUUGGAUCCACAAGCUAAUCAUCCAAAAUUUAGGACACACCGCCACAAGCAUAGAUUUUUGAUGCGAUUAAAGCAUAUGAAGACUUGCUUUCAUAUACGUCGGCAUGCGAAGCAUCAGGCACAAGGAACUAUUGGUACAUCUCCACCUAUACCUACUUUACCAUCAACCUAUAGUGUGCAUGAUUUUCAUUCUUAUGGAUAUCAUGGUACAGGAGUUACUCCUGGUCUUCAUUUUCAUCUUGCUGCCAGUGUUAACGCCGAGACAGAUAUUCCGCUUGUACCAAAUAUAAGUUUUUGCAAUCCUCGGCCUGCAUUUGUACUACAUUGGCUUGAUAAUAAGGAAAUGCACUUUAGUCUUCAGGCGGAAUCGUUAUUGGAAGAAUACACUAAACGUACAUCUGUUCAUAUGGAAGAACAUUCUGAGGAACCUUUAGAGUCAAGUGGAUCUGAUGGACUAGAUGCGCGAAUUGAAACACUCUUGAGAGACUGGCAUCAUAGUCCAGACUUAUUGUUCAGUAUUCAUCCUCUGGAUGGCAGUUUCCUUAUUUGGGUUAUUGAGUGGCUGGAUGAAUACCAUCCUGGUUCUUUUCGUCAAGCACAAGUUUCAUUCUCUACUCGUAUUCCCCAAGCUUUUCCAAUAGGAGAUUCUAUGAGUAUGUCAACAACAGUUAGUUUAUACCAUGCAGCACCAUUGCUGAAACAUUUGGUGAAGGAUUGCAUCAACAAGGAUAAUCUUCCUAUAAUUAAGGAAACUAAAGAAAAUGGAAAAAUAUCAGAGGAUCAACAGGCUAAAGAAGAACAGGCAGAUACUUCACCACAUGUAUCUUUGGUUACUAAACAUGAUAAUGGUACUUUGAAUUUGUGGGAAUUAACGUUUGCUGAAAAUACGAAGUUCAAUCAAGUCCUAAGCAUAGGACAUAGAAGUCGUGCUUCAGGACACAGAUUCAGAGUUAAUGAUAUAACAUGUCAUCCUGUUUUACCUUUAUUACUCACUACUAGUCAUCAUAAUAUUGUUGACUCAAAUAAAACCGAAAGUAAGAGUGGAUUCUGUAGUGAGCUGAUUUUGUGGAGGGUAGAUGCCGUUGGCCCACUCUCAAAAUCUGGCGGUAUUUCAGAGUUGGCAAGGAUCAGCUCUCCUGAACCAUCAGCAUUCAGUAAUGUAGCUUGGAUUCCAACUCUGCUUCCAUCAAGUACACUAGGAACGUUUUCAAACUCCCCAAGUGCAUGCUUUGUUGCUUCUGAUGGUCACUGCUUGAGAGUAUACCAAGCUGUAAUUGACGCUCGUACUCUUCUUGCGGAGCUCUCAGUGAAAGAAAAUAGAAAGAAUGAGGAAAAUGAGAGUGCAAUGUCUGACUUGUCAUCAAUGGAUGAAGCUACCCUACUAGAAAAUAUAAAUAUUGUGUCACAACAAAGUACAUCCAGACCUGGGUGUAUAAUUCAAUUGGAAACUAUUUCAGAAGCUAUUCAGUGGCAUAACACUAUUUUCCUGCACGUUUACCAGGAACAGUUGAUAACUGGACAGAGAACUGCCCCCAUAAAUUUAUCUGGAAACGAUGCUAUGGUUGAUCUACAGCAGUCUACAGUUUUUGAAGAACCAUUUUUCAUUGUCCUGUUAGAUUGCACAGAUCAGAACACCAUCAUUCAUAUGUGGAAGUUGGUUAUUGCAUCUAAUGAGGGUGAACUGUCUUUAACAGGAAGCCAAAUGUAUGUACCGGAUUGUAAUCUGGUUCAGGACGAAAAUGAUCUUUCUAGGCGAAAUAGCUUGGAAUCUCUGCAUUUGAAGCAUGCUAAAGUGACCCCACAUAUCAAUAUAACUACACGAAGAGAAGUAAAACAAAUACUCCCUAUCCCAGAAGGCGUUGAAAUCGUUCAUGCAGCUCCUGCAGCUGGACACUUGAGUUCGGCGUCAAUAUAUCCUGCUUGUUUGGCGCCAUACUGUUUUGCUACAGCUUGUAGUGAUGGUAUAAUCAGAUUCUGGUCUGUCUCUAGUGAGGUACAAACAGUAAGGCAGUACAAUCACUUGAUGCUUGAAGAAAAUGGGGAGAAAGUAAAUACAAAGAAGGUUUGGGUUGAAUGGAACAUGCACAAGGAAUCGGCUAUAGAAAUAGAAGGGCAGGUCCUCAAUAUUAGUGUAGCCUACUCUGGUAGGUUGGCUUGCGCAUAUAAAUACGGAAAAAGCUUCACAAGACCAAACAAAAAUGAUCAUGAUUCGAGAUAUAUAAAUUUAUGUGUUGCAAUUUAUGAAUGUGAAAGUACAGGAGGUACGGAAUGGAUUCUUGAAGACGUAAUACAUCUGAAGAAUAUUGUGUUACCCAAGAUAAACAUUGAUAGACAUCUCGACUUGAGUUACCUUUAUGACUCAAGAACUUUGAAGAAAAAACAGCAGAGAUUGAACGAGGUCUUACAUACUCUUGCGGAAGAUAGACCUAACACUUUAUCAGCAGAACCGAUGAAACCAACAUUACUUGCAGUUCCAAGUUUUACUACACUUCAAUCUCUGAGAAAAUCCAUUGCAGAAAUGGGGAACAUCUGUCCAAUAACUCAGAAGCAUAUUGUUCAGCUAGAUUGGGUUUCUUGUGAAGAUGGAUCUCACAUUCUUACUGUAGCAUGUGGAAGUAAAAUUAUGCUUUAUACCCCUCUCUCCACUGACUUGGCACAGGCCAACGUGAAAGCUAUGAAAGAAUCUAUCAGCAAUUACCGCCCCAUUUUGAGAAAGGCUAGUUCUCUGGCCCAACCUAUGUUUGUUGACGAUUUUAAAUGGAUGACUUUGAGAAAAAUUGAACUGGAAACAGCUGACGGCCUACCUGCUUUACCCAUGCAAAUCAGUUGGGUCAGAGAUGGUAUAUUAGUGGUGGGGAUGGACUCAGAAAUGCAUGUUUAUACUCAAUGGAAACCUCAAAACUCUGAUCAGAAAACAGAUGGCGACGAAAUUGACUGUAGGGCUGGGAGAGAGGUAGAUUUUAGGACUUUGACCCAAGAAAAUCAGAGAAAACUUGCUGCUGUGCCAACCUUAGGAAGAAUAAGUUCUGUAAACCUUCAAAUAUUGGAUCGUAAGAGAGCAAAUAAAGAGGCUAAUAUUGAUUAUAUGCCUGAUUAUGGACUCUUUGAGGCUUCAAGAAUAGCCUGUCCAGUUUUACCGCAGUAUCAUCCAAAGCAACUGAUGGAACUGCUGAAUUCCGGAAAAAUUCGUUGGGUAAAAGCUAUUUUAGGCCAUUUGGUUAAGUGUAUUGGUGGAACCACACAGGAUACUCCGGAAGAAAUUCAGAAUUGGGCAAGGGCCAGAACAUUGUCAGUGAGUUAUCCAGCUGGAAGUCCAGAACAUAGAGCAAGCAUAGGUGAAAUUACCUUGGACUAUGAUGAAAUUCAAAAUAUAGCGCCCUUGCCUUUAUGGACACUUUUGGCAGCUGACAAAGAGAGACCAGUUGUUCAAGAAGAGAAGAAGGAUUAUAAUGAACUCUUUGAUAACAACAUCGUAAUGGAAGAAUCCUUGGAUACUCUCUUGGAAGAUCAAGACGUUUCCAGGCUGGAGAGGCGUCCGUCAGAAAGAAAUAUAGGUUUAACACAUUUCACCCCUAAACAAGGACGGAUUCUGUCCCGUCUUUUGACGCACAUGCAUUUACCAGGCCUUUCAAGUUUAGAUCAGAUGCACUUGUUAGCUCUUGCUGAUACUGUUGCAACCUGCAACACUGAUUUAGCCGAAAGAUUUGCUAUUGAUGCUGCUAAAUCGGCAAUGGCUAAAGAAAAUCUUGUAGGACAACCGGAUGAAGUAAUUGCCGAUUCUCUUGACGAUUGUGGUCUCAGAUUUUUACUUGCUAUGAAGCAUUAUGGAUACUUAUUGAGAUGCCUUCCGUUGGCGCAGAGAGCUCAGUUCCAGAAGCAAGGAGUUGGAACGAACAACUUGGCAUGGGCUUUCCACUCAGAAAGUCAAGAAGAACUUCUCAACCUCAUUCCGAGCUAUGCAAAAGCAGAACCUACAUGGCCUCAAUUAAGAGAAUUAGGUGUAGCUUGGUGGAUAAGGAACAUGAGUCUAUUGAAGCAAUGUGUUCAAGUACUUGCAAAAGCUUCAUUCCAAGCAAAGCAAGACCCAAUGGAUGCAGCUUUAUAUUAUUUAGCAAUGAAUAAGAAAAGUCUUCUAUGGGGACUUUAUAGAUCUAAGCAUGAUGAGAGAAUGACGAAUUUCUUCUCAAAUAAUUUCGCCGAAGAAAGAUGGAGAAGAGCAGCAUUGAAAAAUGCUUACGCUUUGUUGGGAAAACAAAGAUUCGAACACGCAGCAGCAUUCUUCCUGCUUGCAGGAAAUCUCAAAGAUGCUGUUGAAAUAUGUAUCAAUCGGUUGAAUGACAUACAGUUGGCUAUAAUAAUUAUUCGUUUAUAUGAGGGAGAUGACAACAUGCUGAAAAAAUUACUAUAUACAGAUAUUUUAGGAUGUGAUGAGGAUGGCAACAACCAAGAUAUCUGCAAAGCACAUCCCGAUCCGUUCUUGAGGUCUAUGGCCCUGUGGACAUUAAAAGAUCAUCAAGCCGCACUCAGCACGCUCUUGAUAGGAAAUGCCGGUACUCAGCACAAAUACCAUGAUGAUGAGAGCAAAGAGUCUAGAGAAACAAACCCUAAUGUUUUCAAUUUCUACAUCUACCUAAGAACUCAUCCCCUUUUGAUAAGGCAGCAUGUUGCAAGCAGGGGACAAAGAAAAGUGUGGUUGCCUGGAGGAAAACAAGUAGUGGUAGAAGAAUCCAUCACUCCACUCGAGAGACAGCUCUAUUUUACCACCGCUCAUGGUCACUUUAGAGCUGGAUGUCCAGCAUUGGCUCUGGAAGUUUUAUCCAAACUUCCUCUGGUUGUAGCCGAUCCAAAGCAAACUCCAGCUUCCACACCAAAAGAAACUAAAACAGCACCUGAGAUUGAUACAGGCAUCCUGAGCUGGGAUGGUGUUAAGCUCGAGAGCAAUCUUGAAUCCUGUGCUAUGGAUUGGGGAGCCCCUGCGACAAAUUUUGGUGUAAAAACAGAUGAUUUCGAACUGAAAUGGAGUGAUGAUGAAGAGGAUAAGGACUCUGAAGGUUCAGAAGGCAUGAUAAGUAUGAACAUAGAUGGUUCCAAAAAGGAGAAACAUACAGAAUUUGAAGCUGAUAAUGAAGAUAAGGAUGAUGGCUAUCAGCAGAUCGAUAUCAUGGCUCAACAGCUGAAAUUCGUUGCUUGCCUCAAAAUACUCAUGGAAGAACUCUCUACACUGGCCACUGGAUUCGAAGUUGAUGGUGGUCAACUAAGGUAUCAACUCUAUAUUUGGCUAGAAAGAGAAGUUGAAGCUCUAAGGCAGCUUUGUAACUAUAGUCCAACAGAAAUAUCUGAUUUGGCCGAUUUGGAACAGGAACCUGAGCCAGGGGAAGUGAAUCCUAGACCCACAUUGCAUGAAAUUUUAAUUCAAGAAAAGCUCGAUUUUGAAGCCAAGGUACAAAGGGCAGUUAAACGAAGAAUGUGGUUGAGAGCAAAUGAAACUCUCUUGAGAACAUUGCUGAGUUACUGCUCCCUGCAUGGAGCCACUGGAGGUUUAGCCUCAGUUAGAAUGGAAUUAGUAUUAUUGUUGCAAGAACUUCAACAAGAGAAAACUCAUCAUCAGCUCUUGAGCCCCUUGCCUUUCCCCACAAGCUUGCCAUUACUCGCAGCAAGUGUUGCUAGUAGUAAGACAGUUAUAGCAGAUCCAAUUAGAUAUUUACAAUGCCUUACACAUGAUAUGCUUCAUACGAUGGUUGAACUUGCUCAACCAGGUAUGGGCCAGAGUCAACUGUUAGUACUCAGAGAUCUUGCCAUAGCAUUGUCAGCUUGCAUUUAUCAAUCACUAUGUGAUUCUGACACUUUCAAGAGUAGUAUUCAAGAUUCAAAGGAUGGUUGCGCCACUCAUCUAGUUGGAAGAAGAAGAAGGAUCUCAAUUAAUGAGGGCCAUCAGAUUACCACUUUGCCUUCUAAAUGGCCUGGUGUAACCAGCCUGAGAUCUUUGUUAGCGAGAGAGAAAGACGAAGAUACACCUAGACUGAAUGUUGUUUUAUGUGAGGCUUUCACAGCAACUUACUUAUCCUUGCUCCUCUAUGGACUUUGUUCAUGCGAUUGUGUAAUACUAUAUCAUGUAACUGGACAGAAAUUCACACAAGAAGUCUGGGGACUGCUUUUCGGUGGCGGCAUAAAAAAAUUGUUGAGAACGGCCAGUGUUUCUGGUUCCACUGGAACAAACCAGUCUCAAUCAGCUACACCAACAGAAGAAACAGGUGGCGCAACAAAUUGGUUGAAUAAACAGAGGGUAAAAUUGAAUACAAAGCUUCUGGGUCAUCAACCUUCCGUUAUGAAGGAGGAUAAGCCCACCUAUAGGGAGCAAUUUUUACCGCCACAGAUGAGCAUAUUGGCCUAUUUGUUGACGAAGCCCGAGACACUUUCCGACAUCGAUGAAGGAUCAAGUGAUUCCGAAAGCGAAGACGAAGAUGUUUUCGACAACAGCGUUCCUGCUUUAUCGACGACAAAUACAGAACAUUCUGAUCCGAACUCAUACUCUUGGCUUGUGCUGAAAUUAGCUAGUCUUCGAAUAGCUCAGAUGAAACUCAACGAUUUUCUUACUAUUGCGGGUAUUGAAUCGUCUGAAUUACCAGUUGCAAGUCCAUUGAUUCACUCCUGUUUGAGGCGAAUCACAAAUUGGCAGGAAAGAUUGAAGAAGGAACUAGACAUGAGACAAACUCCUCUGGAAUACAUCCCAGGCUGUUUCGUAGAAAGUACAUAUGGGCCACCGAUACAAAAAUACAGGCAACUGUUGGAGCCACAAAACACGCCCUUCAGUACCAAAAACUCGGCAGCUGCCGCCCGACGUCUUUGGACCUACCUGGUUCACCAAGAAGGAGUUCAAGAUAUAUUUAUAAGAGCGGUAUUUGGAAAGAGACGUUCUUCUAAUUCUAUAGAUGGGGAUGAUCCUCAACCUGAACCUCCAGUACAGGAACCUGUGCGUAUUAUUCAUAAGGAGCAAGACUCUAUUGCUGCAUUCAGUUUGAAUCAGGUGUCAACUGGGUUGAUUGUUAUUGCCACACCUAGAGAACUUCAAGAAAUGGAUAUAUCCUUACUACUGGAACUUCCUGCUUGGUUAGAGGACGAAUGUGAAUUAGACAUUCUUAAUAUGAAUAAAGAAAUAGUUGAUUCAAGUGCUCCACCUUUCCUUGUCAUACAAAGUUCAGGGGAUAAAGCCAAGGAUACACAACCUGGAAGUCCGCAAGGUACAAUGCCAAGUCAGAGUGGCCGUGGUACCAGUGUGUGUUCAUCAAAGGGUUAUCAAACUUCCGUGGAAGUAGAAUUGAUGAAGGGGUUAAGCUUCCCAGGCUGUCACGAUCCAAAUUUUGUCAACUUGGUUCUACUACGUUCAGCACACAUGCUUAGGCCGCUUCAGAAACACAAGAUCGACAAUGUGAGACGCAUCAGCUCCCACCCGCUACUACCACUUUAUCUGACUGGUGGUCAAGACGGGUCAGUACAGCUGUGGGAGUGGGGCCACGCCCAACCAGUUGCUACGCCCCGCCCACCAGGUACUUAUGCGAAGGUUACAAGGGUAAGAUUUUCACAACAUGGAAAUAAAUUUGGCGUAGCCGAUUCAGAUGGGAAUUUGAGCCUUUUCCAAGUGGGAUUGAGUGCUAACGCUACUAGACCCUUCUUUACUUUGAUGUGCCAUAAUAAGGGUAUCAGUGACUUCGUAUUCUUGGGUUCGUGCAGUUUAUUGGCAACAGCUGGUCACAGUUCUGAAAGUAAGAACGUCGCUAUUUGGGAUUCUAUACUUCCUCACGGUAAAGCUUUGGUGGUAGCUUUCACAUGUCAUGAUCAAGGGGCCAGUAGCUUGGUAUUUGCACCACAACAUCAAAUAAUAAUUUCAACAGGAAAGAGGGGCGAUGUAUGCAUCAUGGAUGUUAGAUCUAAAGUAAUAAGACACAAAUAUAUGGCACACGAAAGUGCCGUAAAAUGCAUUGCUUUGGAUCCUCACGAAGAAUAUUUUGCAACUGGAUCAGCAGAUGGCGACAUCAAGAUUUGGGGUGUGACGAUACCACACUGCCUUAUGUCCCUUCCAUCUGAACAUUCCCGAAGCACGUUCUUCAAGAAUAUUGGUCAAGGAGUAACUCAACUACAUCUAGAUGCAAAUGGUAGAUUAUUCUCUUGUGGAACAGAUGGCAGUAUGAAAGUACGACAAUUGCCAGAUAGGGAAACAUUACUACAUCAUUAAGUUAUGCCAUAUAAGAAAUAUGUAUACAAGAUAUGAAUUUUAACAUAUAUUGUUGUUAGUUCCAUUCCAUCUAUAUUAUAGGAAAGGUGAUGCAAAUUGAUUCAGGAUUUUUUCAUUCACUUUUUUCUGUAUAAUUGAUCGAAGUCGAGUACGGUUAAGUCGAGUAUUGUAAUUGUGGUAUUUUGAAGGCUGUAUUAUUAUAGAAAAAUCUAAUAUUAUUCUGAAAGUAAUAAUAAUUCGUUUGUAUAGCUAAUGAGUUUUCAAGCUUUAGUGUUGCAGUUUUCUGCAAUGUAUUAUAUUCUUGAAUAUAGAAACCAAUAUUGAAUUUCAAUGUGUUACUGUUGCUUCAAUGUAUUUUAUUUAAUAAAUUAUGAGCAUUUUAACUGAA